ACGUCGACUUAGUUGUCAUUUCGCUCUAAGUAGUGUGAUUUAAUAGUUAUUUACAUAAUAUUUCACAAAUCUGAAAUCAUGGCAGAAAAGAUUCAGCAACUUGAGUCUGUAGUAAUUCGCAACCUCAGACGGUUUAGAGACCGAUAUUUUCCAGAUAAAGUUGCUAAAGAUGUCUUGGUGCCUGUUGUAAAUCCUGGACAAGACGAAGCACAAUCUGGAUUUUUGGACAUCUUACCGGUGGACGUACAUUUCCUGAUUAUGACCUUUCUAUCUCCUGCGGACAUCUGCCGCCUGGGAGCCACCAGUCGGUACUGGAGGGCCAUGGUUAGGGAUCCAUUACUGUGGAGGUACUUCCUGCUGCGGGACAUGCCAUACUGGUCCUCCAUUGAUCAUGUGAGCAUGCCCAAUCUGGAGCUGCUGGAUGCACCCUUAGUCAGCGAAGAUGAGAGCCUGGACGAUAGAGAAGAGGGGGAAGAGAGAGGGAUGGAGCUGAAAUUUGACUGCAUGUCUGAAUACUUAAAAGGCUGCCCAUCCUGCAGAAAACAAUGGCUUCCUUCGCGGCCGGCAUAUGAGGUUGUGACCUCAUUUCUUCAGUCUCUGGUGCCCUCGUCUGAACCACGUUAUGCCAUGUUUGGCCCUGGCAUGGAGCAGCUGGAUGUCUCUUUAGUCACGAGGCUCAUGCAUGCCCCAGAUAUUCUUCCUGUGUCAGGAACUCCACACAGACAGAUAAAUGGUGUUGGCUCAGGGAUCAGUUACAUGUUCAACAACCAACACAAAUUUAAUAUUCUGACUCUAUAUUCAACCAACAGGGCAGAGAGGGAAAGAGCCAGAGUGCAGCAGCAGAGCAUCAGUAAUAAACUCUUUACUUUUGAAGGAAAUGAUGAGUCGGGUGACCCAGUUUACAGUCCUGCUCCUCAGGUCCGUCAAGUGUGCCAGGUGGUGGAUGGUUUCAUCUACGUAGCCAAUGCAGAGCCUGGGAGAGGGGAAGGGAUAUCAGAGGUGGUCCAGCUUCGUGCUGUGGUGAACUGUGCUGGUGCUCCCACAUCCAGGCCUCUGCUGGUGCUCUCCUGUAUCUCCAGAGAACCUUCAGAACCAGCUCAAACAACUGGCCAGCAAAACGUUACAGACGGACUCAGCACCAGGUGUCGAACUCCUUGCGUUGAAAUGGCAAAGAGACUCGGUCUACCCCAGCUGUCGAACCGCUGGAUGGUGCAGGACACAGCUGCAGAAUCUCUGUCAGGUCUUCUGGAUGGCAUUUCCUGGUUGCUGAGAUGUUCGGGAGUCAAACUCUAUGGUAGCUAGUUUCCUGACUACUGCUGUUGCUGCCAGAUGAAUUGAAUCCAGAGAACACAUUGCUACAUCCUCCUGACACCAAUACACACUACGGUAUUUUCUGAGUAAUGUGUACCACGCACGCUCUGAAUGUUUCUGGACUGGACCGCUGCCCGUGGAAUUUAAUGAAGUGCAUGAGCAGAAAAGGAACUGGGUUGAUAGCUGUUAUUAAUCAGGUCCAUCUAACAUGUUAGUAUUUACAGAAGGAUCAAUACAACAUAAUUAUAGCAGGCCAGAAGGUUAUACAAACACAUGUGAGCCUUGGAGUACCCACAACUUUUGUUGAACACUAUUUUCUGCCCUAUAGCAGGGCAAUUAAUGGUUGAUGCUGUAAUAACAAUCAUUUUUAUGGCUGAAGGACCACAGAAAAGCAGGAAGACACAGAAAAACAGGCUCUGGUGCAGAAAUAGAAAAGUAAAAAUGCUGUGAAAUCCACACUUUGAUCCAAUUUAUUACCACCUUACAGUAAAAUGUUUACAUGUUAAGCUCUUACGGAUAUAUAUACAUGCUACUGUAAUUUAUGCACAUCAUGACAUGGCAUGGUGAGGUGCUAAUGGGUCAGGUUGUCCAGUUGUUUAAAACAGAUUGAUUUUGCAAAUUUUAGACACUUUUGCGACCUAUUUUCAAUGUUUUAUUAGAAUUAUAAUUACAUACAAAAAACUAUUUUAAAUGUAGGAUUAUGUGCCAACAAUCCCUCCAAAAAAGUCGUCCUCUGUAACUUACAGAUGCUGCCUUUUCAUCAAAUGAUUUGCACACAUUUACUAUAAAGGAAUGACUUUUCGAGUUAAGUUAUAUUACAAGCAAUUUAAUAUAUGUACUUUAUAAAAAUAUUUUGUUAAUGCAAUGAAGAUUUUGUUCUUUUGAAUGACAGAUACUUUUUCAACGUUGUUUACGUCUUUUAUUUGUUGUACAAGUACUUUGCUCUACAAAUGGUUUCAGAAUUGCACAUUUUUCUUAUCAGAUUGAGCCACAUAUUCAGAUGUUUGUUAAAUAUUCAGUUAACUGCUUUUAAAUAAUUCUCAAUUCUGUCUAAUGCAAAUAUUUUUUUCUUCAAAUCAUAUGAGCAGUAGACGCUAUUUCCUUUUUGUUCAUUUUGUGUGUUAAAUUUCAGUUAUUUUCUUUGACAUCAAGCAGGUAAUCUACAUCUGAAUAUCAGCAAGCAUGUAAGGAUAUUUGGUUUCUACCAUCAGGCAGUGCUUUUAAGUAGCUGUGUGACUCAUUGCUUGGCUACUGUCAGUGCUGCAUUUCCAACUGAGUUUGAUUAUUUCUAUUUACUUUUGUAUUUUAAAGAUCUUAAUAGUUGAUUGCUAACAUGCCAAACACACAGUGCAUUAAGUUUUCAAUGACAUACAAAGUGCAACAAAGCUUUACAUCUCCCAAUGUAAAGCUGUGCAAAGACACAACCAGGUUCAAACACAGCUUUGAAAUGUCCCCAGGCAGACAUAUGGAUUUCCACACCAUAAAGGUUAUUACAAAGCUGUCUCCCACAGAUAAUUCAGAUGAUGGCCAUUUCUACAAUGUCUGAAAAUCCAUAUCUGCUACUUUCAUGUGUGGUAAGGAUGAAAAUUGCACUGGCUUCCCCAUUCUGGUUCAUACUGUAUGGAAAUUAUAAUAACACUGUUCAUGUCUA